GCGUGACGUCACAACAUCAUGGCGGCGUACGUGCUGAACAAAAACACCGCACACUUUUACCCACGAAGAUAAGCAAUCGGAUAAUGACAAACGAUUACAUUUGCGUUUAAAUGGUCAAGUCAAAUGAUGAACAAGAAAACUGACGGCGAAAUAUGCCAAAUCCAAGAAAGCACGACCAUAACACUGGCUCAAAUGACUUAAGUGAAAUCUGGAGUCAUGGUUCCACAUUUUCACAAAAAAGGUUGAGAACAAACAAAUCGCGUAAAAGUCAGAAACUGACUCCCCAAUCUUCACCUUCUGUCAGGAAGUCACCACAUACUCGGUCUAAAGAUCUGGAGACCCCCAAACGACGAGCGAGGGGCAGAUACACGGGCUUAAACAACACUGCUGAUUCCCCCGGGGAUGGAGAUAUUUUACAAGACAUCAUAUGGGACCCGGCAUCACCUACUCCUGCUAGAAGUGGCGAAGGGCCCGGCAACACCAGAGUUGUUGAGAUAUCAGACAUUGUCAAUCGGAUCGCCCCUAAGGAUGCCCAGCAUGUCUCUGUGGAUAGUCCUCUGCUCCAGUGGAUUGGGGACAGUGCUGUCCCAUGUACCCCAGAGGUACGCCCGCCCAAAGCAAGGAAGAAAUCCACUCGGAAAAGCUCAGUGGAGGACUUGAUGCAGCUGGCCAGGCAGUUUGACAUCAACAUGCACCAGCAGGACCGAGAGAAGAGGAGUGCUGAACACACAAACAAUACCAUAAACAACAACCGCUCCGGGGAGGAACCCAAGUGCCCGACGAUGUCGUCGUCAGCCCAGCAGGUAGAGGCGGAGCUUAACGCUCUGUUCGACGGGCCGACGCAGCGAGUCACCGGACGGCUCAGCCAAGGGUCGACCGCCUCCACCUGUUCUCAGGAGGUCAAGGUUCAAGUUGGGGUCAGCCAUCUCACUGCCGAUGACCUCGUCAAAGAGUCGGAGGUCAAGCCUGGCGGGGGAAGCACGUCUGGUUCAUCGGCUCGUACUGGUAAAAAGGAAGUAGGACAGUGGAACACCACGACGACUGUGGCGAAAGACGAGGACUUUGACUGGGAGGAUGAUGACCUUCUCAAUGACCCUAUCGUGUUGGAGAUGACCCAGAAUCCCGAGGGGCUGAAAACGCUGUCCCCCAAACCCAGCAGCUCACUGACUCUGAGUACUGACAGAGACCACACACAGCUGCUGACAGAUACAGAAAAGACCCUACCACCCUCCUCUACUACCUCUAAUCCUAUCAGCCUGCCCUCUCACUCUGUCUGGAAGGGGACAAGCACACACCUUCAACCCUCAAACAGAGGUGGCCUCACUGGGCCAUGUCCUAAACCCAAGCCCACCAGCAGAAGCACUUUCCUGCUGGAGCCCAACCUUUGUUUCCAGGUGAAUAUGGCUCCGACAACCAAAGAAGCCCUCAGACCGUUACUCACUGAUGGAGAGGUCCAGCCUGAGAGACCCAGGCCCGGCGUGUCUGCGGCUGUGGGGAGUAGGGGCCCCAGUAGAGACUCUGCAGAAGGGAAGGCUGAUGGGGUGAGCACAGCCACAACUCCAACCUCACAUGGAGCAACAGCCCCAGACUCCGCUUUCAAAGACCUCUCAGAGGAGGACCUCCAGUUCCUGUUUGACUCUGAGUCGCUUUGGAACGACGACGAAGGUGACGAUGACGAACUGCUGUAUCAGGUGUGUGACGACGUGGAGAGGAUCUCCAACAGUCAGCCCCUGUCCGAGGAUGCCUCCGUAACCACGGAUACCACUGAGGUCCGCCUCCAAGAGAGCAAACCGAAAGCUCCUCCAUCCGCCCCUCUGGCUGCAACGAGAGAGGGGACUGUGACUAUGGAUACGGCUGUAGGUGGUCCUAGCAGUAAACAGUCAACCACCUGCACGUCUGGCCGCUCCAACUCAGCACCAGGAGAUGGGAGCAGCACCCCUGUGCACUUUCAGAGAUGGAACAUUCCAGCGAAAGCAGGAAAUGUUUGGGUCGGACAUCAUACAGUCACGUCCCAGAGCCAUCCAGGCAGUGGGGAGGGUCUGGGCAAGUUUACCCAGCUGAAGGGUGCUCCAGGCUGGGGAACAUUUGGCCUAGGAUCCCUUGGGGUUAGAACCUUCCAAGCGGAGAACUCAAAGUCGGUCAUGCCACGGACCAUGUCGGCAAGAACCCUCCCAAACUCAAAUUCCCAUCAUGCGUCAUCGUUCAAGAGACAUCUGUCGGACUCGGUCGCCAUCGGCAACAAAGUGUUUGUCAACAGUCAGCUGACGGGGAGAUGCACGGAGGAGGAGAUUGAGAGGAAGAAGCAGGAGGCCAUAGCCAGAAGAAGGACCAGAGAAACCUCCCUAAAAGCAGGGGGACUUCCUCUGUGACUCAACAAUGGGACACUAGAUUAAUACACAGUGAACCAGAAUACCUGUAGAAUAGCUAUGCUAUGCUAGGUAGGUACCCUAAACAUUUAUCACUGUUUCUUCACAGAACACUGUCGGUGCUACUAGAACGGUUUUGCCUUACGGAGCUGUACUGCUUGAGACACACACACACACACACACACACACACACACACACUUGAGAGCUGCUGCACUGUUUUAGUUGCUUAUAUUCUCACUGUUGUUCUUUCUGGAGGUCACUGAGAAGUUGAGUAGAAUAUACAACAGCAACACUGUAUCAGGAGUCACAGCAAACGGUUGGCUUGUAAAUGCCUUUACGGCACCUCAAAGGGAGAUUUGGGUCACUUUUUGUUGUUGUUUACACGUCUGUUGACAUUCCAAGUAGAUAAUGAGUCAUCUUGAUGAGCAAUGUGGAGAUCUUGUUCUACUGUCUUCCAAUAGUAUCUUUCAGAUAAACUAUAGGUCCACAACUCACCUUGUUGCUGCAACAUUAUAGUACAUUAUCUUUACACUGCAUGUGGUAUAUUAGUACCUUGUGUUCUGCACCUUACCCAGAAAUGAGAAUAACUCCAACACUAAGCAGGUUUCCGUCCAAACUUUUUAUGUGAGUCGGGAAAGAAAAUGUCACCACAGACCUGAUGGAAACGGCAAAUUUGUCAGUGAACUUGUCCAAAUGUCGACAAAACAAUAUACGCUAGGCAAGAUGGGAUAUGAGAUGGGUGGUACAAGUCUAAAGUGAUGAUGCUCCUUUCCAUUCAAUAUCAAGGGCUUUAUUCUGGUGACAUGAUGAUGCUCCUUACCAUUCAAUAUCAAGGGCUUUAUUCUGGUGACAUGAUGAUGCUCCUUUCCAUUCAAUAUCAAGAGCUUUAUUCUGGUGACAUGAUGAUGCUCCUUUCCAUUCAAUAUCAAGGGCUUUAUUCUGGUGACAUGAUGAUGCUCCUUUCCAUUCAAUAUCAAGGGCUUUAUUCUGGUGACAUGAUGAUGCUCCUUUCCAUUCAAUAUCAAGAGCUUUAUUCUGGUGACAUGAUGAUGCUCCUUACCAUUCAAUAUCAAGGGCUUUAUUCUGGUGACAUGAUGAUGCUCCUUUCCAUUCAAUAUCAAGGGCUUUAUUCUGGUGACAUGAUGAUGCUCCUUUCCAUUCAAUAUCAAGAGCUUUAUUCUGGUGACAUGAUGAUGCUCCUUACCAUUCAAUAUCAAGAGCUUUAUUCUGGGGACAUGAUGAUGCUCCUUUCCAUUCAAUAUCAAGAGCUUUAUUCUGGUGACAUGAUGAUGCUCCUUUCCAUUCAAUAUCAAGGGCUUUAUUCUGGUGACAUGAUGAUGCUCCUUUCCAUUCAAUAUCAAGGGCUUUAUUCUGGUGACAUGAUGCUCCUUUCCAUUCAAUAUCAAGGGCUUUAUUCUGGUGACAUGAUGAUGCUCCUUACCAUUCAAUAUCAAGGGCUUUAUUCUGGUGACAUGAUGAUGCUCCUUUCCAUUCAAUAUCAAGAGCUUUAUUCUGGUGACAUGAUGAUGCUCCUUUCCAUUCAAUAUCAAGGGCUUUAUUCUGGUGACAUGAUGAUGCUCCUUUCCAUUCAAUAUCAAGGGCUUUAUUCUGGUGACAUGAUGAUGCUCCUUACCAUUCAAUAUCAAGGGCUUUAUUCUGGUGACAUGAUGAUGCUCCUUACCAUUCAAUAUCAAGGGCUUUAUUCUGGUGACAUGAUGAUGCUCCUUUCCAUUCAAUAUCAAGGGCUUUAUUCUGGUGACAUGAUGAUGCUCCUUUCCAUUCAAUAUCAAGAGCUUUAUUCUGGUGACAUGAUGAUGCUCCUUUCCAUUCAAUAUCAAGAGCUUUAUUCUGGUGACAUGAUGAUGCUCCUUUCCAUUAAAUAUCAAGGGCUUUAUUCUGGUGACAUGAUGACGCUCCUUUCCAUUCAAUAUCAAGAGCUUUAUUCUGGUGACAUGAUGAUGCUCCUUACCAUUCAAUAUCAAGGGCUUUAUUCUGGUGACAUGAUGAUGCUCCUUUCCAUUCAAUAUCAAGGGCUUUAUUCUGGUGACAUGAUGCUCCUUUCCAUUCAAUAUCAAGGGCUUUAUUCUGGUGACAUGAUGACGCUCCUUACCAUUCAAUAUCAAGGGCUUUAUUCUAGUGACAUGAUGAUGCUCCUUUCCAUUCAAUAUCAAGAGCUUUAUUCUGGUGACAUGAUGAUGCUCCUUUCCAUUCAAUAUCAAGGGCUUUAUUCUGGUGACAUGAUGAUGCUCCUUUCCAUUCAAUAUCAAGGGCUUUAUUCUGGUGACAUGAUGAUGCUCCUUACCAUUCAAUAUCAAGGGCUUUAUUCUGGUGACAUGAUGAUGCUCCUUACCAUUCAAUAUCAAGGGCUUUAUUCUGGUGACAUGAUGAUGCUCCUUUCCAUUCAAUAUCAAGGGCUUUAUUCUGGUGACAUGAUGAUGCUCCUUUCCAUUCAAUAUCAAGAGCUUUAUUCUGGUGACAUGAUGAUGCUCCUUUCCAUUCAAUAUCAAGAGCUUUAUUCUGGUGACAUGAUGAUGCUCCUUUCCAUUAAAUAUCAAGGGCUUUAUUCUGGUGACAUGAUGACGCUCCUUUCCAUUCAAUAUCAAGAGCUUUAUUCUGGUGACGAUGAUGCUCCUUACCAUUCAAUAUCAAGGGCUUUAUUCUGGUGACAUGAUGAUGCUCCUUUCCAUUCAAUAUCAAGGGCUUUAUUCUGGUGACAUGAUGCUCCUUUCCAUUCAAUAUCAAGGGCUUUAUUCUGGUGACAUGAUGACGCUCCUUACCAUUCAAUAUCAAGGGCUUUAUUCUAGUGACAUGAUGAUGCUCCUUUCCAUUCAAUAUCAAGAGCUUUAUUCUGGUGACAUGAUGAUCGAAGCUUUGCUGCCGUUUGCCCAUAAUAAUCUCCCAUCAGAUUUGUUUUUAGUGUCUUUUAUGUACCAGAGAUGACCAGUUAUACCUAAAAAAAAAACGACUGUGUUGACCAAAACCACCUGGCAUAUACUGUUUCAUCAAAAUGUUCAUUCAGAUUCUGUAAUCAAAGAUGAUCAAAGUAGUGUGUUUAGAGACUGCAGCUCGGCUGUGAAUCAAGACGGUGUGAUGUUAUGUUGAAGAACUUUUACGACUUUAUUAAAACCCAAUGUGUUAGAAAAUAAAGUUGAUUUUCCUUUCAUUUUUACUUGAAUAUGUCACUACUGACGAGAUUAGACUUUUUCACCAUCUUGUUUUUUAAAUGUGAAAAUGUAUGCAUUUUAUUUUUCUUUGCGUUGUCAUAGUUACCUUGUUUUUUGUUUUCUUUUCUUAUGGUGGUCCAUAUUUGCACAGGUCACAGUGGUAUGAACAGAAAGACCACAGUAUCAUGCCACUUAUGCAAUAUUACUAGAUGGUGUUAUUCAUUCUGAGUCAAAACCACCAUUAAACUAUCAUCAAAACCA